CUUUUAGAUCGCCCUUGCAUUGUAGCUCCGGAAACCCCACACGGUCUUUCUUUUCCCAACAUGGCACCGAAGGUGAAGAAAGCAGCGGUCCCGGUCAAGACCGAGGCCAAAUCGAAGGCCUUGAAGGCAAAGAAGGCGGUUCUCAAAGGUGUCCACAGCCAAAAGAAGAAGAAGAUCAGGACUUCUCCGACCUUCCGCCGCCCCAAGACCCUCCGCCUGCGGCGGCAGCCCAAGUACCCCCGCAAGAGCGCCCCCCGCAGGAACAAGUUGGAUCACUACGCCAUCAUCAAGUUCCCGCUGACCACCGAGUCGGCCAUGAAGAAGAUCGAGGACAACAACACGCUGGUGUUCAUCGUGGACAUUAAGGCCAACAAGCACCAGAUCAAACACGCCGUCAGGAAACUCUACGACAUCGACGUCUCCAAAGUCAACACGCUUAUAAGGCCGGACGGCGAGAAGAAGGCAUACGUCCGCCUGGCGCCGGACUACGACGCGUUGGAUGUUGCAAACAAGAUUGGAAUCAUCUAAAGUGGC